AUGUCUAACCUCUACAUCGAAUCCACGCCCUCCGAGGUCUCCAAAGCUGACGGUAUCCACCUGUUGACAUUCAGCACUCCCAAUGGUCAGAAGGUCCAGAUCUUGCUUGAGGAACUCGCUCUUCUCUACGGCGUGGAAUGGACAACAACAAUCAUCAACUUCGCGCAGAAUGAACAAAAGGAAGACUGGUAUCUGAGACUGAACCCCAAUGGCAGGAUUCCCGUCAUCGUCGACAACACCAGCAAAGGCAACCCUUUCCCUGUUAUCGAAACAUCAGCCGAAAUGCUCUACCUCGCUGAGAAGUAUGACAAAGACUACGCGCUGAGCUUCCAAGACCCGCUUGAGCGCAGCCAGAUGAUACAAUGGCUGUUCUUCUGGCACGGCUCUGGUGCACCUCCAUAUGGCCAGCUCUGGUACUUUGGCAACGCAAAGGAAAAGCUACCUGCAGUCAUUGAGCGAUUCCGCACAGAAACUCUGCGCGUGUUUGGCGUACUCGAACUUCGCCUCUCAGGAAAGAACAGUGAUGAGCAGCCCAGAGAAUAUUUGGCUGGCUCUGGAAAGGGCAUGUACAGUCUUGCGGAUAUUGGAGCUUACCCUUGGGUUGCGAAGUGGGAGUUUGCUGGUUUUGAAAAGAAGGAGAUGGAGGAUUUCCCUAAUGUACUUGCUUGGCUUGAACGUAUCGAACAGAGAGAGGCCGUCAAAACUGGUACUGGGGACAAGUAUCAGAAGAAGCCUUGA